AUGGCCUUCAACUUCAACUGGUCUCCGCUCAUCGGCGACACGUCGCGCGCCCGCGACAUGCUCACCACCGCCCUGAACAAAUCUCCAAAGCCUCCCAUCAUCGUUGACGACAUCAUCGUCAACGAGCUGAACCUGGGCUCCGUCCCGCCCGAGCUCGAAAUCCUCGAAAUUGGCGACCUGGCUGAAGACCGCUUCCGCGGCAUCUUCAAAAUGUCCUACGCUGGCGAUGCCUACCUCACUCUCAAGACCCGUGUCCAGGCAAAUCCUCUCAAUACCUCGCUGUCCACAAAACCCGCCUUUGCUUCUCCUCAGCCCUUGGCCGCUGCUUCUGGUCUCACCAUCCCCAUUCAAAUCACCCUCUCAGACAUCCGUCUGUCAGGCUUUGUCAUUCUCGUCUUCUCACGCCAAAAGGGCAUUACUCUCGUCUUCCGCAACGACCCUCUCGAAUCUCUCAAGGUCUCGUCCACUUUCGACUCCAUCCCCUUUGUCCGCAACUACCUACAGAAAGAGAUCGAAGCUCAACUGCGUGUCUUGUUCAUGGACGACCUUCCCGCCAUCAUCCACCGUCUCUCGUUGCGAGCUUUCGUUCCAGAGUACCGACAAGCCCAAGACGAUGAAGCCAAGGAGCCUGUGCAGGCUUCGGAACGUCCUAUCGACCCUCUAGCAAGCCCUCCACAGGACCCUGUCGACUCGUGGGCAGACGGCUUCGAUCCCUCUCCCUUCUCUCUGGAUUCGUCUUCUGAGACAUAUGCAUCCUUCUCGCAAAAGAAUCUGCUCCGCCUUGCUGCCUUGAGCGAGUCACAGCAAACUCUUUCCCUCUUUACCCCUGCCAUUCGCGAUACUGUUUUCCGUGCUUGGGCCAGCUCCAAGGAAUCUCAAGACUCAUCUGCAGUCGCAACGCCAUUAGCUCGUCCAAACCCCUUGUCGCGGAUACAUUCGUCAAUUGGAACACCCAAAUCAUGGUCAUCGGCGUCGUCCGAUGUAUCGGAUGCUCCAACACACUCCAGUAGGCCUUCUCUUGCCAGCCAAUCCACAUCGUCAACCGUCUACUCCAUGGGUACUAGCAGAUCAAGAGCUCAUGCUGCUAAAAAGAGAAAGAACAGGGUUGUCAACUUGCGCAAGGCCGUCCCCGAGGAGAACACCAACGAUGCUGACAGUGUUACGACCAACGUCAGCGAAGAGGUCUCUGCUCCUACUAUCACACUCACGGAGCCUCCUCAAACUCCUCGUCGCACUCCAAAAGCCGAGCCAGAGGUUGCGCAGAAGACACCUGCAUCCCAUGUUCGAUUUUCUGCCUCGCAGGAGCAGUCGAGGCCCAUCUCUGGAACCCAAACUCCAACCCCAACAACAUCCAAACCCCAACGUCCCGCCUUAUCUGCUGUUCAGACUCAACCUGGACCCAAAGACAAGAAGGCGGAAUCCGCAAAUCGUUCUUCAUCCGCAUCGCGUCUGCGCUUCAACUCCGAGGGCUCUACUGGCGGCAUCCUAGAGCAAGCUUGGAUGAUGAAGAUGGCUGCCGAAGUGACUCGACGCGUCCAAGAAGAAAAGGCCACCAAUGGCGGCUUUUGGCACCAAUCCGAGGAGCCGGAACACCCACCCCCGGCUUAUGCUGCAUGA